UCUCCGGAAUUAGGGUUUGCGCUCUGCGAAGAGAAUAAGAGACUCACCCCAUCCAUUGCCACCGGCGGCGUUGAGAUCCUUUGCCCUGCAUUACACUUCGUUGCGACAAUGGCGACUCAGAUGAGUAAGAAGAGAAAGUUCGUUGCUGAUGGCGUUUUCUUCGCCGAGCUGAACGAGGUUUUGACCCGAGAGCUUGCCGAGGAUGGAUACUCUGGUGUUGAGGUUAGAGUUACACCGAUGCGCACUGAGAUCAUUAUCAGAGCCACUCGAACCCAGAAUGUGCUUGGUGAGAAGGGGAGGAGAAUCAGGGAACUGACCUCAGUGGUACAAAAGAGAUUUAAGUUUCCGGAGAAUAGCGUGGAGCUUUAUGCUGAGAAGGUGAACAACAGGGGUCUUUGUGCUAUUGCUCAGGCCGAGUCUCUUCGUUAUAAGCUUCUUGGUGGUCUUGCUGUGCGGAGGGCAUGUUAUGGUGUUUUAAGAUUUGUUAUGGAAAGUGGAGCAAAGGGAUGUGAGGUCAUUGUAAGUGGAAAACUGAGGGCUCAGCGUGCCAAAUCCAUGAAGUUCAAGGAUGGAUAUAUGAUUUCAUCUGGUCAGCCAGUCAAGGACUAUAUUGAUUCUGCAGUAAGACAUGUUCUCCUCAGACAGGGGGUUCUUGGUAUCAAGGUCAAGAUCAUGCUUGAUUGGGAUCCUAAGGGAAAGCAGGGUCCUAAAACUCCUAUUCCUGAUGUUGUCACAAUCCACCCUCCAAAGGAUGAAGAAGAAUACAUCCGGCCUGGUGCUGUUGUGGCAGCUGAUAUGGAUGUCCCAGUCGUGCCUGUCGCUUGAUCUGUUUUGAUUCAGCUGUUGGUUUAAAUUUUGUAGUGGUUAAGUCAGUCAUUCAAGUUUUUCUGGUUUCUUAAAUAUUCAGAGAUUGUUAUAUACUAAAGUUGUGAGUUUUUAAGCAGCAUAAGCCGGGUUCUGUUGCCAACAGAUUGGCCCUAAAAAUAAACUUAGGUACUGUGUCUAAUUUAUUCUUCUAAAGUAAUGUUAAAUCUUUUGAAAA